GUCUUGUUGUUGACUGCGGUCUGACUGAUUAGUGUUACUGAUUACUGACUGACUGACUGCCUGAUUGACGGCCUACUAACGGAUUUGGCUGUAAACUUCCUUUCCCUUUCUUUCUUUCCACCUCCCUCUCCCUCUCUCUCUCUCUCUCUCAACCCCCCACUUUCUUUCCUCUCGGGUUGAUUUUCUCCCAAUUGACUAAUUGAUUAACCUCUUUUGAUCAAUUCCUCUUUUAUUUGUCAAUUGCAUUUCUCCCUUCAUCCCCUCACCAUCUUUCACCAUGUCCGCUGACGCCAAGUCCGCUCCUGCCACGGAGCAGAAGGUGAAGCCCACCAAGCCCAAUGAGGAGACCUUUAAGGCCGAAUUGGCCCAGGCUGAGAAGGAACACACUGCUGUUCAGGAGAAGCUGAAUGAGAUCAAGGCCAAGAUCGAGGCUGCCAAGCCCAACAACCAGGACUCGCCCACCGCGAAGAGACAGCAAGAACUCCGCGCCGAGCUGUCCUCGAUCCGUCAGAAGCAGUCCGGCUUCAAGGCCGGCCGCUCCAGCACCCAGGAGAAGAUCAACGCUCUGGAUGCCACCUUGAAGGCCCGCAUCUCCGAGCAGAACAACUCGCGCGGUCGCAUGUCGUUCAAGAACAUUGAGGAGUUGGACAAGGAAAUCGCCCGUCUCGAGAAGCAGGUUGACUCCGGUACGCUGCGCCUGGUCGACGAGCGCAAGACUCUUUCGGAUGUCUCCAACCUCCGCAAGCAGCGCAAGAACUUCGCCGGCCUCGAGGAGGCCCAAAAUGCUAUCAACGACCUGAAGAACCAGAUCGCUACGCUCAAGAAGACCUUGGACAACCCCGAGGCCAAGGCUCUCAGCGACAAGUACGCUGAGAUCCAGAAGGAGCUCGACGCCAUCAAGGCCGAGCAGGACAGUGCCUUCAAGAACUUGAACGCGCUGCGCGACGAGCGCACCAAGCUGCACGCCGAGCAGCAGAAGAAGUGGACCGCCAUUCGCGAGAUCAAGGACAACUACUACAAGGCCCGCAAGGCGUACAAGGAGUACGAGGAUGAGGCCUGGAGAAUCCGCCGCGAGAAGCAGAAGGCCCAGCGCGAGGCUUUCGAGCGCGAGAAGCGCAAGAAGGUCGCUGACAAGAAGCUGGAGGAGGCCUCCCGCCCUGCCUACACUGAUGAGCUCUUGAUCGCCCAGGGUCUGAUCCGUCACUUUUACCCCGCCUACGACUUCGCUGCUCUGGGUUUGGACGACAAGAAGGACGAGGGCUCCAACUUCCGCGCCGAGAUUGGCCGUACUGUUGAUGACUCAGGCCUCAAGGGCAUGAAGGUCCUGAAGAAGGAUGACCGCGAGGAGGACUACUUUGUUGGCACUGGCGGCAAGAAGGGCAAGAAGGGCAAGAAGGGCGCCAAUGGCAGCCCGGCUGCCGCUGCCCCCGCCGAGUCCAAGUUCAACCUCAACGUUGGUGUCAUUGAGGACUUCGCCAAGGUCAAGAUCGACCCUCCCAUGAACCAGGCCGACGUCCCUGCCGUGGUUGAGAAGCUUGCGGCCAAGAUCACCGAGUGGAAGAAGAACCAGGCCGCUAAGACUGAGGAGAACAUCAAGAAGGCCCAGGAGGAGAUUGCCCGCCUGGAGGCUGAGGAGACCGCCGCGGCCCACGACGACCGGGCCACCGACGGCGCCAAGAAGGUGGCCAUCAAGAACAGCGGUGUCAACGGCAAGGUCUCUGCUGAUGCUGAGCUGAAGCAGGAGGAGGACGCCGUCGCCGACGUCACGGAAGAGCUCGAGAAAGCCACCGUGGAGGAGCAGGCUUAAACGCCGACCGCCUUCGCAUAGACCGUUGCAUUGCAUUGCACUUGCAUUUUGACCGCAUCAGCGAAUGUGCAUGGUUAGAACCCAAAAGCUGACUAUAUAUUCGUGUGACUUUGGUUUUCUUCGUUGCAUCUACCCCUAUAACUUUCCCAUGAUCUAUUCUCUUGCCUACCUCUGAUGAUCCUUCUUCCCCUGCUCUCCACUCCGACCCACCCCUCCGAAGAGAAGGACGCCAAUAUGCACGGGUAUUGGUGACCACGAUGAUCACCGUGCGUUUACAUGUUGGGACCGGCUUCUGGACUGGUCUGUUGUCUUCUUGUGUAAUCAAUUUAUCUAAUUCCUUUUUCUUGUCUACCUUCAGCUGAGUCGGUGGAGAACUGGCGAAAACGAUAGCGUUUAGCGAAUCUAAUUGCACUUG